CUCAUCUGGAGCAGAGGAGAGAAAGGUUGUAGAAUGUCUGUGACACAAAUACAGGAGGUGAGCAGCAGGCUUCUUCACCUUAAACCUGAAAUUCCCCUGAAAUCUUCUCCCGCAAACCACGAGGUCUUGAAGAGCUGGAAAGGUGGAAAGCCACGGAAUUCCGGCAGUUUAUGCUGUACACUGGUAAGGUGGUGCUGAGGGGAAUCCUGAGGGAUGACCUGUACCUCCACUUCUUGUCCUUCAGUGUGGCGAUGUGCAUUUUAGUGAGCUCUACGACUCUCAAGCAGUAUUCACAAUACGCUCAACAACUACUGCAGUACUUUGUUGUGAGAGGACGGGAGCUUUAUGGCAAGAUGUUUCUUGUGUACAAUACGCACACAAUGCUCCACAUAACUGCAGAUGCCGUUUUGUUCGAUGGGUUGGACAACUGCAGUGCCUUUAAAUUUGAAAGUUUCUUGCACACCAUGAAGAGGAUGGUGAGGAAUGGAAGAUGCCCCCUUUACCAGGUGGUGAAGAGGAUCGAGGAGAGAAAAGAAGAACCCCUGCAAGUGCAAAAACAGAAAAUUACAAAUAGCCCAAAGGACAGAGCGUUCGUGCUGGAUAGUGAGGAAGGCUGCGAUGUCAUUGAUGAGACAGAAAAAAAUGGGUGCCACCUGUGCCGUGUAUAUAGUAAUCCGCAACCACUGUUUUUGGAGCCUUGUAACUCAUCCAUCAUUGGAGUGUUUCAAUACAAGAACACAACCACAACAAUGAGAUGGAUUCCCUGCGAAACAAUAAAGAGUAUCGCCAUGAAGAAACAAAUGGGGGAUAAAAAGAUCUUCAUGAAAAUCUUACACAAACUAUGAAAUGUACUACAUUGUAGAAUUCCUUGAGGAAAACCUGGUGGGAAUAGUGGCCCAGUGUUGGACCUAUGAAGAAAAUGAGCAACAAUACAGCUACUGGCCACCAUCCAACCCGACCAAAAGGGCAAAAAAACAGGAGAUCCCGGAUGAGGAGCUGUGGAUCAGCAGAAGAGUCCGGAUCUUUGCGGCAACUGGUGAUUUUGAGAGAGCACUCAGAUGGAGCAAGACAGCUGAGGACAAGUCUGCCGUCGAAACGGAGGAGGACCAACCGAGAAAAAAGAAAAGACCUAACAAAUUUGGAGACAGCAGUGAAGAUGAGGGUUCAUCAUGGGAAGUUGAGCCGAUGAAAAAGACAAAACGUCGAGAUGGACCAUUUCCACGAACCAAAGCAACUACAGACUCUUUAAAAAAGAAGAUAGAUAUAGCUAAACUUCCAACCCCUCCCCGGCCAAAGAAAGCAAAAAUCUCAGAUCCAUUCCCAAACCCUCCACCUCCGACCCUGGCAACAGAUGGAACUGAUGAUGAACUACCAGAAUCCCAGCACUCCAUGACUCUGACCCAGCAUUUUGUCGAAGACAAGAGACCCUCUUGGCCAGCGACAGCUUGGGAGCCAAGAAAACUCCAAGAUACACUACAAGUUCUCCUUCGAAAGGUGGAGACAAUUGAAGCAAGCCAGAGGGAGAUACUUCUUCUGUUGCGCAGAAGCCAGGGAAGACAAAGUGAGGAGCCAGCACUCAACUUUGUUGCGGCACAAUGCGUAAAAGACCUUCAGGAUCUUGAGGAGCGCCUCAAGAUGAACGAGUUCAGAAAGAGAGUGAUUCACCAUCUCAGCCUCACUGGUGGGGCCACUCCUGGAGAGUGCGUCAGGAGAGUGAUGCGGUCGGUGGCAACAAAUGCUGUCUGGAGCUGCUACAGCUUCAAGGGGAAAAGGGAGAAGUUGCCUUUCAUUGGCACAACUGUGUGCACAACAAUUAAACAAGCAGUUAUGAAAUGGAAGACAGGGCUGGGAGAGGAGGUGGUUGAGAUCCUGAUAGGAGAGACUUUGAAACAUGCUCCAGCACAGACCAUUAAGGCGCAACUGGUCUCUUCAGUUGGAGGAGUAUAGCUGCUGGAACCACGGCCUUCUUUUCGACAUGUUUUCUUUUUAAAUAAAGUUCUUGCAUGUAACUUGGUCCAGUAAGUCCCUGUCUAAUUUACAAUUACAACAUAGGAUAACGUUGUGUGUUGGUAUGGCUG